CAUUUAUUUCUAGCAAAAGUCAAGCGAUCGGGGCUCAAAUCGCAUUACGGGUGGAAAGCUUGUGGAACUUGCCUGCAAACAACGAGUAGGCUCAAAGGCACUGGUUGAGGCAGCUUUAUGCUAUGCUUUACUUGAGGGAUAUUUGAAGCAAGACUUCCAUUUCACUCCUUAUGCCAUUCAUAGUUAUAUCGUGGGUGGACCAAAAAGCGAACGAGCUCGUAAUGCCCAAAUUAUGAUGAAAUGCAAGCCUUCAGAUAGCGAUGCACUUCCGAAACCUACAAAAAAGCGAAAACUCGAUGAGGAAAGCCACUGUAUAACUUUGGAAUAA